CACACCUACGUCAUAUCCAACGGACCGAGAACAUGUCCUCCGGUGGAAGAAAGAGCUAGCCAGGAAGCGAACUGUUUUAACAACACUCAAGAAGUUCAAAGGCGGAUAUGUCGCUCCGGUCCGAAGCUCAGGCCUCACAGCGUUACAACCACAGCUGCUGAUGAACUAGACAUUUCAUAUAAAGUGUGAUUAUUACAAAGGAAUGAGCGAAACUUAGGCUAGCGACAGAAGUAGCUAGCUAGGCUAGUUGUGGUUAGCACGGGAGUUCUUUGUUUUGUUGUUCUGGUGGAGGUCUCUGCGAACAUGAAGAGAAGCUGCUGUGGACAGCUGUCACGUUAAUGCAGGUGUUUUAUAAUCAUGCACAUGGUGUGUUUAGCAGUGUUCAGUUAAAUAUAUAUUAAACAACACUAGUGUUAGCAGCUUUAGCAGGACAGAGCAGGUUGUAAUCGUCGGGCAGGACAGAGCUGGAGACACGAAGACAUGGGCAACUGUCUCAAGUCCCCGACAUCCGAUGACAUCUCUCUGCUUCAUGAGUCCCAGUCAGACAGGGCGAGCUUCGGUGAGGGGACAGACCCAGACCUGGAGCCCCCCCCACCCUACCAGGCUCACAUGCCCAUGUACCACCCGACGCCCAGUCAGGCCCGCCUGGCCACCCAGCUGACAGAGGAGGAGCAGAUCCGCAUAGCUCAGCGCAUCGGCCUCAUCCAGCACCUCCCUAAGGGCGUCUAUGAUGGAGGGCCAGACGGCUCAGAGAAGAAGAUCAGAGAAUGCGUGAUCUGUAUGCUGGAUUUUGUUUAUGGGGACCCCAUCCGAUUCCUGCCGUGUAUGCACAUCUACCACAUGGACUGUAUAGACGACUGGCUGAUGAGAUCCUUCACCUGCCCCUCCUGCAUGGAGCCCGUGGAUGCUGCCCUGCUCUCCACCUACGACGAGACCAACUGAUUUUUCACCCCCUCCUCCCUAAAGCUUAGAUCAAACACACAGCACCAACCCAACAACUGCCCUCUGAUACAGAGUGAGAAGAGCUUAAAAGAUGUUCCCCCUGGUCUAAACAAUAAGCUGGUCUUAAACAUCGGUUACACAAACUGUUUCCAGACGACCCUUCAUGAUUGUGUGUGUCUGUCACGCUGACGGUUAGCAUGGAGGGUGUGUGUGUGAGCUGUUUGAUGGCUGUGCACUUCCACUUGAGCCGGUCUCAGUGGUGUUUCCCCCCCCCCCACCCCCCAACUUACCCCAGUUCACCUUCAUUCCCAGGAAGUCGUCAUUAGAAUGGAAAAUAAGGUCAACAGGUGAUCGUCCAAAAAUGCUACGAGUUGUUGCUAGAAAUCUGUUGGGUUCCAUUUGAGGUGGCAACAGUAAGAUUUCCUCAACAUAGUGAUCUCCUGAACAUGCUCUCACAGUUAAAUGGCCCUACACUUUGGAGGUACAGCUGAAAUUUACACUAUUGGUGUUACAUAAUUCAAAAGAAAUCACUAUCCAGUCUUUCAGGAUUACAAAAGAAAUCACAAGUUAAAUAUACACUUACAGGAGAUCCAGACGACAUGAUGUUCGGCUGCUCCAAAUGGCCAGACUUUAAAGAAAAUGCUUUGAGCCGAAGGGAAAAUUAUGUCUGAUGGUAAUGUUUCACGAGGCGGUUUGUUAAAUAGCUGGCAGCCAAUGUAAAGGGCUCAUUUGUGCAUGGGCAGGUGGAUCAGUCAGUCAGUCAAAGAUUAGAAAUGCUUGCACACACUUUUCAUCUGAUCCAGAGAUUUGCACUUUACUUAUAGGACAGUAUCUAAACAAUAUAUUAAUAUAUGUACCCUAUAACCUUGCACUAUCAAUACUUCAUUCCUUUAUUUCCUGAGAUGCAAAAGUUACAUAACUGAAAAGGUGUUUUCAAAGCUGUCGGUAGUCACUUAUCACAUUGAGGUAAAACCUGAAGAUGUAUUUAAUGAAAUCUGUGAUUCAGUAGUAAGAGCCUCCGCUUUGUUCCGCUUGACUUUUUCCUUUUUGUGUGUUUUUGUGUGUUUAUUGAAGGGACAGAGGCUUGCUACAGUUUAAAGGAGAAGUUCAACAUUUUGACACAACAAGAAGACGUCAAUCUGAUUCUGUGUGUUCAUUUUCUCCUGGAGCCUAGGAGGAGAUUAGCUUAGCCUAGCCUAAAGACUGUAAGCAGGGGUAAACUGCUCCAAAAUACACCUAACAGCAUCUCUGAAGCUCAGCAAAUGUUUUGGCCGGAGAUAUAGUUGCUUUUAAAUUCGCUAGCUAGCUGUUUCCCCCUGCUUCCAGUCUUUAUGUUAAGCUAAGCUAAUAGCCUUUCUCAUCUAGCUUCAUACUUGGCUUACAGACGUGAGAGAGCUUUCAAUCCGCUCAUCGAAGAAUAAGCAUUUUUCAAAAUGUUGAACUGUUCCUUUAAGAAAGAGAAGAAGCUGAAUUUGAGGCGAACCUGAAACGGUUAAGUUCUGAAUCCACAUUAGUACAAAGUCAUUUUCUUUAUUUCCACAUUUGUCUCUUUGUGUUAUACUAUAGUUAAUUAUUCUUUGUUUUCCAUUCACUGUUGCAGCAGUUAAAAUCAUCUCCUCUUGAUUUGUGACAUUGUUUGGUGAAGGUGUGGCUGUUUUUUCUGUUGUGUUUUAUCGUUUUGUUAUAUUUGUGUAAACUCCACUUUGUAUUUAGGACAGCAAGUAUAUCACUUUUACACUGGUUUAAGUCUGACUGUGCAAACCUCUGUCCCAAAUGAGUUUCAGCGUGUGAGAGAAUUAUUUUAUCGUGUGGUAGUCACAACCGAGAUAUCAAGAUUUUCAUUAAGCUUUUCCUUUGCUGUGUUUUUCAUUUUAAGUUUAUUCUGAAAAUUUAUAUUUCCCUGUAAUCUUGUUUUAUUUCUUUCAUUUUGGAAGGCUAGAAAGCCAUCAUGUUAAAGAAAAAAUAAAGAUAAAA